AUGGAUCAUGUCAACCACACCUGGAUCCAGACUUUCGUCCUUGCUGGCUUCACUACCCCUGGAACCCUAGGACCUCUUGCCUUCUUGGGGACUCUGUGUGUUUAUCUCCUCACCCUUGCAGGGAACUUGUUCAUCAUUGUCCUGGUUAAGACAGAUUCUGGGCUCUCCACACCCAUGUAUUUCUUUAUCAGUGUCCUGUCCUUCUUGGAGGUCUUUUACGUCAGCACCACGGUACCCACCCUGCUGUACAACUUGCUUCAUGGCAGCUUACCCAUUUCUUCAACACUGUGUUUCACACAGCUGUAUAUUUUCCAUUCCUUGGGACUGACUGAGUGUUACUUGCUGUGUGUCAUGGCACUGGACCGCUACCUUGCCAUCUGCCGCCCACUCCACUACCAUGCAAUCAUGAGCAGACAGGUACAGCAAUGGUUAGCAGGUGCCACUUGGUUGGCUGGCUUCUCAUCUGCACUUGUGCCAGCCAGCCUCACUGCCACUCUGCCCUACUGCUUGAAACAAGUAGCCCAUUACUUCUGUGACCUGGCACCUCUAAUGCAGUUGGCUUGUGUGGACACAGGCUGGCACGCUCAGGUCUAUAUUGUGGUGAUUGGCCUGAUCAACACCUGCAAUCUUCUUAUCAUUUUAGGGCUCUAUGGAGGCAUCUUGAAAGCUGUGCUGAAGCUGCCAUCAGCUGCCAGUCGUGCAAAGGCUUUCUCUACCUGUUCCUCCCAUAUAAUAGUAGUAACUCUAUUCUAUGGUUCUGCUUGGAUUGUAUAUGUGGGCCCACCUGUGCUGCACUCUGAGGGCAGAGACAAGUUUAUUGCUCUUGUUUAUGCUUUUCUUACCCCUUUUCUCAAUCCUAUUAUUUAUACCCUUCGUAACAGGGAGGUAAAAGAGGCUGUUAGAAGAGUCACACGAAGAAUUAAGGGUGAACUGAAGAAACCUUGA